GCUAGUGGGGGAGGUUACAAACGCUAGCACAUGUCGACAUGUUCGUGAUAGAACCGAUUCGCUCGUGGCCCUACUAGUGGGGAUUAUACACUAGUACUCGUGUACCUGCCAGUGGGAGGUUUAUAACAGUGGCCAUGAUAACAGUGGCCAUGACUAAUAGAGGAGAUCACUACGUGAUUUUACUUGCAUUAAUGAUUUGUUAUUGAAACGCUCUGUUCAUGUUUCAACCGAUUAUUUGGCAUGCUUUAAACUUUGAUGUCGGGUCCCCAUGUUUACUUACUGAGAUAUUUCUAUCUCACAGUUUCCUUGUCCACCAUUUCAGGUAGUGAGACCCGACGCGUGGAGAGCCCGGGGGAGUGGCGAACUAGACGGCUAGGCACUUUUGGACUUAGGUUUUUGUAGCUAUGCCGUUAGUCACCCAUGCUUGACAUAGAAAAUUUUGUGUACAGAAUUUAGUGUUAGUCAUGAUUAUAUAUAUGAAGUGAUAAAUUUUGUACAUUCGACUGGUAACUAUUUGGUAAAUUUAAAAGCUUAAAUCUGAAUUGUUAAGUAAGAAUUCAGUAGGUCUCGAGCCUUGUGCAUUUGUGGGCCCCGUUAACGAGUGCACGGCGUCUGCCACGACCCCGGAUUUGGGUUCUGGGGCGUGACAGAAAAUAGAGCUUUAGCUUUUAGAAAGGUGAAAAAGUAAGUGAAAAGUAAGUAAAAAGAGAGUUUAUGAAAAGUUUGGAUUUGAAACUUUUGAGGUUUUACUGUUUAAGAGCUUUUUGAGGUUAAAAAAAUAUUUAAAAGUGUAAGUUUUUAAGAGGAAAAUUUAAAUUCAUGAGACAUGAAUAGUGUGUAAAAUCUGAAGCUCUUAGGAGCUGCACCAAACAUGCCCUAAAAGACUGAUAGGUAAAACUGCACAGUUGGUCACAAUAGCUUAAUUUAGAUUUUGGUUAUGAAUAGGGUGAGUAUUUUUAAGUAAAGGUGGAGUAUGAAU